CAAACCGCCACUUGUUGCUCGCCCCUCGCAGCAGUUCGUCCGCGCUCGUUACAAAUGUUUGGCGUGACGAUUUAAAGGAGUUGCGUUUUCUCUCGCUGUUUAAACUAAAUGGACGUGAUUUCGUUUUCCUAGUGUGGAGCCUGAGCUGCGUUUUACUGCUCAGCGUUGAUCUUUUUGCGGAUCACACAGCUCUAUAUGAUAUGAUUUUGCUUCUGUAAGUGAACUCGACAUCAACAUGAACCAGUGGCGACUUAUUCUGCUGAGUGUGACUUUAUGGUGCAGGCUGCAAACAGCAUCAAGCCAGACCCACGAAGUGGUGUGUCCCGGCACGCAGAACGAGCUGAGCUCUACGGGCUCCCAGGAGAAUCAGUACAACCUGAUCAAGGACCGGUACGAUGGCUGUCAGAUCAUCAUGGGAAACCUGGAGAUCACUCAGAUUGAAAGCAACUGGGAUUUCAGCUUCCUCCAGACCAUCCGGGAGGUGACUGGUUAUGUCCUCAUGGCUAUGAACCACUUCCGGGAGAUUCCGUUGGGGCAGCUACGGGUCAUCAGGGGAAACAGCCUGUACGAACGGCGCUUCGCCCUCUCUGUCUUUUUCAACUACCCAAAGGACGGAUCCAACGGCCUGCGGCAGCUGGGCCUCGUGAAUCUGACAGAGAUUCUGGAGGGAGGAGUCCAGAUCAUCAACAACAAGUACCUGAAUUACGGCCCCUGGAUCUUCUGGCAGGACAUCAUCAGGGACAGCAACGCACCCAUCGACAUCCAGUUCAAUGGAGAGCGAGGACAAUGCCAUAAAUCAUGUGGCGACUACUGCUGGGGGCCAAACGUGGACCAGUGUCAGAUCUUGACUAAGACCGUGUGUGCGCCUCAGUGCAGCGGCCGCUGCUUUGGGACCAGCCCCAGGGACUGCUGUCACACCGAGUGUGCAGCAGGAUGUAAAGGCCCACUGGACCGAGACUGUUUUGCCUGCCGUCACUUCAACGACUCCGGAGCCUGCGUGCCUCAGUGUCCCCAGAAUCUGAUUUAUAACAAGCAGACGUUUCAGAUGGAGACCAACCCCAACGCCAAAUACCAGUACGGCUCCAUCUGCGUCUCCCAGUGCCCCACUCACUUUGUGGUGGACGGUAGUUCCUGUGUGAGCGUUUGUCCUCCUGGGAAGAUGGAGGUGGAGCGAGAAGGCCACAGGCAGUGUGAGCUCUGCAGUGGACUCUGCCCCAAAGUGUGUGAGGGAACCGGCGCCGAACACAGACAGACCGUGGACUCCAGCAACAUCGACAGCUUCGUCAACUGCACCAAGAUCCAGGGCAGCCUCCACUUCCUGGUCACUGGGAUUCUCGGAGACGAAUUUAAAAAGAUUCCUCCGCUGGAUGCCAAGAAGCUGGGAGUGUUUCACACAGUCAGAGAAAUAACAGAUAUUCUGAACAUCCAGUCAUGGCCCAAAGAGCUAAAUGAUCUUUCUGUUUUUUCGAGUCUCACCACAAUUCAAGGACGAUCGCUCCACAAGCGCUUUUCACUGAUGGUGAUGCACAUCCCCUCUCUCACCUCACUGGGCCUGCGCUCUCUCCGGGAGAUCAGUGACGGCGCCGUGUACAUCAGUCAGAACACAAACCUGUGUUACCACCACACCGUGAACUGGACCCAGCUGUUCCGAGGCCGCAGCGUCCGGGUCAGCCUCAGCAACAACAAGCCGAAGACAGCAUGUGUUGCCGAAGGCCGUGUGUGUGACCUGCUGUGUUCGGACUCGGGUUGUUGGGGCGAGGGGCCCGACCACUGUGUCUCCUGUAGGAACUACAGCAAAGGCGGCACAUGUGUCGCCAGCUGUAACUUCCUCACCGGAGCUCCAAGAGAAUUUGCCGGACCCGAGGGCGAGUGCGUGGCGUGCCAUCCAGAGUGUCAGCCUCAGCACGGCAAAGCAAGCUGUACCGGACCGGGUGCGGACGAGUGCGUGGCCUGUGCCCACCUCCGAGACGGCCCUUUCUGCAUGUCCUCUUGUCCCACUGGGGUCAAUGAUGGGCAGGAGGGGCUGAUCUUCAAGUUCCCCAACAGAGAGGGCCACUGUGAGCCGUGUCAUCAGAACUGCACACAGGGAUGUUUUGGCCCAGGAUUAAGCGACUGCUUAGGGAAGAGUCUGGCAGUGAGUAGUGGUCAGAUCACCGGCAUCGCUUUAGGCGUCCCCGCUGGCUUGAUCUUCUGCCUGGUGCUGUUUUUCCUGAGCGUGCUCUACCACCGUGGUCUGGCCAUGAGAGCCAUGAGGAGGUACCUGGAGAGCGGAGAGAGCUUCGAACCGCUGGGUCCCGGGGAGAAAGGCACCAAGGUCCACGCUCGCAUCCUGAGACCCUCCGAACUGAAAAAGGUCAAAGCGCUUGGCUCAGGAGUGUUCGGCACAGUUCACAAGGGGUUCUGGACUCCGGAAGGAGAGACGGUGAAGAUCCCUGUGGCCAUUAAGACCCUCCAGGACACCUCAGGCCGUCAAACCUUCACUGAGAUCACCGACCAUAUGCUGGCCAUAGGCAGCCUGGACCACCCCUACAUCGUUAGACUGCUGGGCAUCUGUCCUGGUGCCACCCUGCAGCUGGUGACCCAGCUCAGUUCACAGGGCUCCUUACUGGACCACCUACGACAGCACAGGAGCAGCCUGGACCCCCAGCGCCUGCUCAACUGGUGUGUGCAGAUUGCCAAAGGUAUGUACUACCUGGAGGAGCACGGCAUGGUCCACAGGAACCUGGCCGCCCGCAACGUCCUGCUGAAGAACGACUACCAGGUCCAGAUCUCAGACUACGGCGUUGCAGACCUCCUUUAUCCUGAUGACAAGAAAUAUGUCUACAGUGACACCAAGACGCCCAUAAAAUGGAUGGCACUUGAAAGCAUCCUGUUUCGAAGGUACACUCAUCAAAGUGAUGUUUGGAGUUAUGGAGUGACUGCGUGGGAGAUGAUGUCAUUCGGGGCGGAGCCGUACGCGUCCGUGCAGCCCCAGGAGGUGCCGGGUCUGCUGGAGAAGGGCGAACGGCUGUCGCAGCCCCACAUCUGCACCAUAGACGUCUACAUGGUGAUGGUGAAAUGCUGGAUGAUCGACGAGAACAUACGGCCGACCUUCAAGGAGCUCGCCAGCGACUUCACCCGAAUGGCCCGGGAUCCACCCAGAUACCUGGUCAUCAAGUUAGAAGGACGAGAGCCAGCCUCUACAGAAAUCCAUCGCAGAGAAUCCGAGCGAGGACUUCUGGAUGCAGAUUUAGACCAGGAUGAGGAGCGAUUCGAGGAUGCUUUGGCCACGCCUCCUCUUCAGCACUCCCCGUCUUGGAGUUUGUCUCAGUCACAGAUGAACUCCUACAGGAGUGAUACCUUUCAGAGCAGACCUACCGGAUACCUGCCAAUGACCCCAAGCCCCGUGGACAGCCUCCGCCAGCUGUGGUUCCAGAGAUCUCGCCUAAGCUCAGUGAGGACACUGCCAGAAAGGUCAGAGGUCAUGGGCGAUGAGGGCCUGCAGCCUGGCGGUGCUCGCAGGGCCCGAUUCGGAUCUGAGACGUCCAGUGCUCGUGCAGCCGUUGGCCGACACAGGAAGCUUUCAACAGCUUCGAGCCCAUCAUCGUAUAAAGUGUGGUCAGCAGGUGAAGAAGAGGAGGUGGACAACUAUGGCUAUGUCCUGCCUGGGUCGCCUGUCAGCCCAGACAGAGUCUCUAGACUAUCUCACUCUGGACGCAGCACCUCAAGACUGAAGAACAACCUCUCUCUCGUGGUGAUGAAUCCCUCCCAGGAGUAUGAAACGAUGAGCAAUGAGCCUUCUCUCCACGCACCCAGAGACUCCUCAUCACAGGCAGCUGCCCUUUCAGAGGCAGUUUGCACUAACACGUCACCUUUACCUUCUCCAGCACCCAUGCCUUCAUUACCUGCAGAGCACAUGGCAGAUGCAGAAAUAAAAACCCAGCCGGUCAGUGAGGAUUCUGAGGUACCAGCACAUAGAGACUUGACAGAGGAGCAAGGGCCAACUGGGGAUUGUGAGAGUGGGAUUAGAGCUGUGGAAAACGAAGGCACAGGAAGGUACGAAUACAUGGAUAUCAGACGAUCUGAGUCUACAGAGGGGGAGGAUCCAGCAAAGGAGGGAAGUGGGGAUCAAGCACCUGCGGUGGAGACAGAAGAAACAGACCAGAAAGAGGAGGUGUCGAUGAAAAACGAGCACGAGGACAAAGAGGAAGGAGCAAAUCGCCAAAACACGAGUAAACAACCCACGCUUCAGGGGGAUCUGAGCAGCACAGUCGUCCCAGAACCAGAUGUGCCCACAGCUGGGGGGGACGAGGUGGCGGAGUACGAGGACAUGACCAGACUGGAGGAGGUGAGCAGUGGGUGGGAGCGGGCGGACUACCAGAACCUCCCCGUGAAGGGGAGGGCUGUUUGCGAGGACAGGGGCGGCGGCAGGUGCAUGGGGAUCGGGGGGUACAUCAAGGUCUGCGCAGGCAUGGGGGAUCCCAGCAGCAACACAUCGUUUGACAACCCGGACUACUGGCACAGCAGGCUGUUCCUCAAACCAGAUGCUGUACGUAUCUAAUAAUGUGGACUGAGACAGACACUCGGCAGCUUAGUUCCUGUCAUACGUACAUAUGAUUCCCCUGAUGUGCUUUCUUUGUGUUUCAGCGUCCAUAUUUGUACAUCAUACAUAUUUGAUUCACAUUGCACAUUUAUGGUGAUUAAAUAAAUAUAUAUGAACUGUAAGCUGUAAUUGAUGGUAGUCUUUUGUACAAUUUAGAACACAAAUUAAGAAAUGCAUUUCGUAAUUAACCAAUCAUUUGUGUCUUUUAUUUGUGCUCUACCACCUGUUAUAAUGUGGUUGCAGUGUUUAUAAAUAAAAACAAUACUUAUUCGAA